AUGGCAGGGACCUACAGCUUGACGCUUGGAGCCGAGCCUGAGCCGGACCUGCCAAACCUCGAGGAGCCUCUCCAGGAGGAUUCUCGCGACAUGGUCAGAGGAGUGCGGAUGGAGUCUCCUCGACACGGCCAGCAUCCGCUCAGAUUCUUAAGGUUCUCGCGGACCACACUUUGGACGAUUGGACUCAUCACAGUGGCAAUGUUGACACUUCUUAUGUUGAAGGCGCCUGGUUUGGCUUCAAUGUUGACUACGAAACAACGUGGCCAAGCACCGGCGGAAUCCGAAGCUGUCAUUGACCUCUAUGAGCUCAACAUCAACACGAGCCACGGCAUGGUGCCCAAGAAGCUCCAAGUCUCUGGUGUUGAUUGCGGGCCGGCUAACAGUGGCUACGCUGAGCUGCUGAAUGGCAACUAUACCUAUGAGGAGACCAUUGAUGGCCGACCCAGGUACAAGUCAGAAACAGCGCACAAGUUACCAGGCACUCCCUGGUUGCAAAGCUGGCUGACCACAUCGCACCACACCUACUUGUAUUACAGCAGCAGCAAUGUCUCCAGUGGGCCUUACGGUGAAUGGCAUUUCCUCUAUUCAAGCCACACAGAUGGGAUGAACGUUUCAGAGUUAAAGGUCACACGUGACCCUCCUCUGCUGUCCGGUCCGGAAGUGGGCGGGCCUGCAAAGGCUUUGCCACCCCGACGAACCACGUGGAAGGUGAUGUGCGAUGACAGUGCUGGGAGCCCAACUUACAUGGAUCUUCCGUUGACACUCCAUGCAACUGGGAAGAUGGAAACCACAAAAAGCUGUGAAUGGAGAUAUGUCAACGGAGUGUUGAAGGGAGGUUCGAUGAGCAUCACCCAAGGCACCGCCGGGAGCAUCACCGAUGGUGGAAGCUCUUCGCAGGAAUGGGGAGUGGAAGUCACUCCAGAGGCCAGUUACAACUCCGGCUCAGGGGGCGCAGGUCCAGGUGGCAAAUUGGGUGCAGCCUUUCGUUACGGAAGCAAAUCGGGCAGCAGCUGGGAAGUGGCCAAGUCCAAGUCGAACAAAGUCAGCCAAUACCACAAAUGGCCUAGGGAUGGAGCAUUGUUCUCGUGGACGUGUGAUGUCACGGAAACUACUCUUGGAACUCACGUGGAGACUGUACGAACUAAUGAGUACGCCAUCACAGAUAAUCAGGGCCAACUCCCAAAGUGUUGUCCGGGCUGGAACGCUGGCGGCGCAGCAGAUUACCAGAAGUGCGUUGCAGGUCCUGAGCUUCCAAAGUGCGAAGAGGACUCUGCCGCGCGGGCGAGGAUCGCGGCUGCUGAGAAGCUGUCGACCACGCCGUUAUCGGUGUCACCCCAUCCGGAAGCUGCAAAGGUGCCAACCUCAAAGCUGAUGACCACCACCGCUGCUUCCACGACGACCACCAGAUUGCCGCCAUCAUCGCCGUCACCCAUGGUGAAUGCCGGGAAGGUGAGUCUACAACAUGUAGCCGCGGAAACAGCUGCUGCCACGGCUGCGGCCGUGGCUGCUGCCACAGCUGCUGCCAAAGAAGCUGUCAGCACCGCGAUGCAGACAUCACAGACUCGAACACAGCUGCCCAGGCCUUUGGAGGGCUCGGGAGAAUAUGCGCACACGGAGUCCAGCGAAAGGAGUGCCCGUCACCUGAAAUUCAAGGGGCUCUGUGUGGGUGUGGAACCCUUGCGCAUCCACUCGAACGGUGCUCCGGUGCAGCUUCGCCCUUGUACUGAAGGCCGCAGCAUUCAGUGGGUUGAAGACGAGAACAAGUUGAAGCUGAUGGCAGAUAUGACCAAGUGCCUGGAUGUGGUGGGGCACAACUUCUGGAGUUAUUCCCCGCUUCAGAUCUGGGAUUGCCUUGAGGACAACGAUGAUCAGAUCGUGACGAGGCAGCCGGACGGCCGAUAUCAGUGGCACAACACCAAACACGGAAUCUUCUAUAUCGAUGUGCGGGAAGGCGGUGAUACAAGAAAGAGUCUAAAAUGGAGAGCUGUUCAGAUCUGGACAAAGGGGCCAAAUCAGUUGUUUAGCACAUGA